AUGCAAUCAUUUAUAUCACUUAUGAAUCACGUACAUAUAGGAAGUAUGAUGUACUCCUAUCUAAAAGAUACAAUAAUUUUCAGUGACAGUGCACAUUUCCAUUUUUCUCUCACCCCACUUAUGACUGAGAUUUGUGAUACACCAUACACUUAUCCAGGUGACUGGGUGACUAGAGAUGGCAAUUGGAUGACCAUGACAGCUGCAGACCAGACCUGCAGAGUAGUACAGAUGUAUUUGUGCUGUCACAAGGAGAUAGUAGCAGGCCUGUGUCCAGCUGGUGUUAGACCUCCUAUGUCCCCUUCCCAGUUGUCCCCCUCACUGCCUCUCCUACUGGGGUCUUUCCCCAGCCCACUUAAAGCCCCAUAUACUGAGAUGUCCCUGUGCAACAGCAGCAUUACAUCACAUGAACAUGGCUCAGAAAAGCAUGCAGCUACAAUUCAAUUUACCCACAAGCAAAGCUCCACCUCUACCCAAAUCUCAGUCAGCCCCCACAAUGUGUUAGCUGACACUGCCUGCCCCAAUGCACCAAAACCCUUGUAUACUGCAGUGUCUGUGUGCAACAGCAGCUUUACAUUACAUGAAGGUGACUCAGAAAAGCAUCCAACUACAAUGAGGUCUAUCCACCAACAAAGCUUCUGUACAAGGAAGGAGCAAGCUUGGUUGCGGCAGGCUGGUGUUAGGCAGCCUCCACCUCUAAUCCCGUUGGGCCUCUCACUGGGUAAGCGGUUGGGACGUAUCCCCACUGCAUCAGAAGUCACAUGUACUACAGUGUCCCAACAUAACAGUGUUAGGUCAUCAUAUGAAGAAGGGUCAGAAAAGUCUGCAGCUAUAAUUGGGUCUCCCCACAAGAAAAGGUCCUGUACAAGGGAGGUGCAAGCAGAGCUGCGGCAUGCUACUGUUAAGCAGCCUCCACCUCUAAUCCCAUUGGGCCUCUCACUGGGUAGGCAGUUGCGACCUGUCCCCACUGCAUCAGAAGACACGUCUACUACAGUGUCCCUACAUAACACGGCCAGUUCGUCAUAUGAAGAAGGGUCAGAAAAGUCUCCAGCUAUAAUUGGGUCUCCCCACCAGAAAAGCUCCUGUACAGGUACCAGUACAUCACAUGAGUUUGGCUCAGAGAAGGGUGCAGUUACAAUUGGUUCUAGCCACCAGCCAAAAUCAUGUAUGGGGGAGGAGCAAGCAGGGCUGUGGCCAGUUGGUGUUAGCCAACCUGUACCCUCAUCCCAGUUGGCCCCCUCACUGCCUCCACAGCUAGGGCAGUGCCCUAUCCCACAGAAAGUCAAGUAUAUGGUAACACCUGUGUGCAACAGCGCAACAGAGGGUGCAGCUACAAUUGGUUCUACCCACGAGCAUGGAUCCAGUACAGGGGAGGAGCAAGCAGGGCUGUGGCCAGCUGGUGUUAGGCAACCUGUAACCUUAUCCCAGUUGGACCCCUCACUGCCUCCACAGCGAUGGCCUCCCCCCAUCCUGCGGAAACCUAUGUAUACGGUAUCACCUGUGUGCAACAGCAGCAGGACAUCACAUGAUAGUGGCUCAACAGAGGGUGCAGUUACAAUUGGUUCUACCCACGAGCAUGGAUCUAAUACAGGGGAGGAGCAAGCAGGGCUGUGGCCAGCUGUUGUUAGGCAACCUGUACCCCCAUCCCAGUUGGCCCCCUCACUGCCUCCACAGCUAGGGCGUCUCCCCGUCCCGCGGAAAGCCAUGUAUACAGUAUCAUCUGUGUGCAACAGCUCAACAGUAGGUGCAGCUACAAUUGGUUCUACCCAUGAGCAUCGAUCCAGUACAGGGGAGGUGCAAGGAGGUCUGUGGCGAGCUGGUGUUAGGCAACCAGAACCCCCAUCCCAGUUAGCCCCCUCACUACCUGAACAUCUAGGGAGUCUCCCCGUCCCGCGGAAAGCCAUGUAUAUGGUAUCAGCUGUGUGCAAUAGUUCAACAGAGGCUGCAGCUAUAAUUGGUUCUACCCACUACCAUGGAUCCAAUACAGGGGACGAGCAAGCAGGGCUGUGGCCAGCUGGUGUUAUGCAACCUGUAGCCCCAUCCAAGUUGGCCCCCUCACGGCCUCCACAGCUAGGGCGGCGCCCCAUCCCGCGGAAUGUCAUGUAUACGGUAUCAUCUGUGUGCAACAGUGCAACAGAGGGUGCAGCUACAAUCGGUUCUACCCACGAGCAUGGAUCCAAUACAGGGGAGGAGCAAGCAGGGCUGUGGCCAGCUGGGAUUAGGCAGCCUGUACCCCCAUCCACGUUUGCCCCCUCACUACCUUCACAGCUAGGGCAGUGUCCCAUCCCACAGAAAGUCAUGUAUAUCGUAUCAUCUGUGUGCAAUAGCGCAACAGAGGGUGCAGCUACAAUUGGUUCUACCCACGAGCGUGGAUCCAAUACAGGGGAGGAGCAAGCAGGGCUGUGGCCAGCUGGUGUUAGGCAACCUGUACCCUCACCCCAGUUGGCCUCCUCACUGCCUCCACAGCUAGGGCAGUGCCCUAUCCCACGGAAAGUCGUGUAUAUGGUAUCACCUGUGUGCAACAGCGCAACAGAGGGUGCAGCUACAAUUGGUUCUACCCACGAGCAUGGAUCCAAUACAGGGGAGGAGCAAGCAGGGCUGUGGCCAGCUGGUGUUAGGCAACCUGUACCCUCAUUCCAGUUGGCCCCCUCACUGCCUCCACAGCGAGGGCCUCUCCCCAACCUGCAGAAAGCAAUGUAUAUGGUAUCACCUCUGUGCAACAGCAGCAGGACAUCACAUGACGGUGGCUCAACAGAGGGUGUAGCUACAAUUGGUUCUACCCACGGGCAUGGAUCCAGUACAGGGGACGAAAAAGUAGGGCUGUGGCCAGCUGGUGUUGGGCAACCUGUACCCCCAUCCCAGUUGGCCCCCUCACUGCCUCCACAGCUAGGGCAGUGCCCUAUCCCACGGAAAGUCAUGUAUAUGGUAUCACCUGUGUGCAACAGCACAACAAAGGGUGCAGCUACAAUUAGUUCUACCCAUGAGCAUGGAUCUAGUACAGGGGAGGAGCAAGCAGGGCCUUGGCCAGCUGGUGUUAGGCAACCUAUACCCCCAUUCCAGGUGGCCCCCUCAUUGCCUCCACAGCUAGGGCCUCUCCCCAUCCCACGGAAAGCCAAGUAUACGCUAUCAUCUGUGUGCAAGAGCAGCAGUACAUCACAUGAUGGUGGCUCAAUAGAGGGUGCAACUACAAUUAGUUCUACCCACGAGUAUGGAUCCAGUACAGGAUGCAAUACCAAAUUACGAGUUCAUUCCUCUGGAAAUCGUCCAGUGAGUGUAUUAAAAUUACUGGAUGCAACACCUUAG